GAUUGGUGGAGUGCACACCUGUGCAGGUGCACCUGGACUGACAGCAAAGGAGUCUCUGUUAGAAGAGGCCAGCUGGAGCCACUGCAGGGCGGACAGACAGAGGGACCAGAUGGAGGAGCUGGUGGGACUGCAUGAGGGGUCCUCGAGGAACCCCGUGACUCUGCAGGAGCUCUGGGGCCCGUGUCCCCGAAUCCGCCGAGGCAUCCGAGGUGGCCUGGAGUGGCUGAAGCAGAAGCUGUUCCGCAUCGGGGAAGACUGGUACUUCCUGAUGACCCUUGGGGUGCUCAUGGCCCUGAUCAGCUACGCCAUGAACUUCGUCAUCGGGCGUGUGGUCCGAGCGCACAAGUGGCUGUACCGGGAGAUUGAGGACAGCCACCUGCUCCGGUAUCUCUCCUGGACCGUGUACCCCGUGGCCCUCGCCUCCUUCUCCUCGGGCUUCUCUCAGAGCAUCACGCCCUCCUCCGGAGGUUCUGGAAUCCCCGAGCUGAAGAUCAUCCUGACGGGCGUGGUCUUGGAGGAUUACCUGGACAUCAAGAACUUUGGGGCCAAGGUGGUGGGGCUCACCUGCACCCUGGCCACUGGCAGCACCAUUUUCCUGGGCAAAGUGGGCCCCUUUGUGCACCUGUCUGCGAUGUUAGCUGCCUACCUGGGCCGCGUGCGCACCAAGACCAUUGGCGAGGCUGAGAACAAGGGCAAGCAAAACGAAAUGCUGGUGGCGGCCGCAGCGGUGGGCGUGGCCACGGUCUUCGCGGCGCCCUUCAGUGGCGUCCUGUUCAGCAUCGAGGUCAUGUCCUCCCACUUCUCCGUCUGGGACUACUGGAGGGGCUUCUUCGCUUCCACGUGCGGGGCCUUCAUGUUCCGCCUCCUGGCGGUCCUCAACAGCGAGGAGGAGACCAUCAUCCCCCUCUUCAAGACCAUUUUCCGGGUGGAGGUCCCCUAUGACCUUCCGGAGAUCUUCUUUUUUGUGGUUCUGGGGGCCAUCUGCGGGGUCCUGAGCUGUGCCUACCUCUUCUGCCAGCGAACCUUCCUUGGCUUUGUGAAGAACAAUUGGGCCACCUCUAAACUGCUGGCUACCAGCAAGCCCGUGUACUCCGCCCUGGCCGCCCUGAUUCUCGCCUCCGUCACCUACCCCCCCGGCUUGGGCCGCCUCAUGGCUUCCCGGCUGUCCAUGAACGAGUAUCUGGACUCGCUGUUCGACAACAACUCGUGGGCGCUGAUGACCCAGAACGCAUCCCCGCCCUGGCCUGCAGAACCCGACCCCCAGAACCUGUGGUUCGAGUGGUGCCACCCGCGGUUCACAGUCUUCGGGACCCUCUCCUUCUUCCUGGUUAUGAAGUUCUGGAUGCUGAUUCUGGCCACAACGAUCCCCUUUCCCGCUGGGUGCUUCAUGCCCAUGUUCAUCUUCGGAGCUGCCAUCGGACGCCUCUGGGGGGAGGCCCUCUCCGUUGCCUUCCCCGAGGGCAUCAUGGCUGGAGGGGUCACCAAUCCCAUCAUGCCCGGGAGCUAUGCCCUGGCAGGUGCUGCAGCCUUCUCUGGGGCGGCGACCCACAGCAUCUCCACGGCACUGCUGGCCUUUGAGCUGACGGGCCAGAUCAUGCACACGCUGCCCGUGCUGAUGGCCGUGCUGGCAGCCAAUGCCAUCGCCCAGAGCUGCCAGCCCUCCUUCUACGACGGCACCAUCAUCGUCAAGAAGCUGCCGUAUCUGCCGCGCAUCGUGGGCCGCAACAUCAGGUCUCAUGGCGUGAUUGUGAAGCAGUUCAUGAACUGCGCCAUCACCACACUGGCCAAGGACAUGCCGCUGGCGGAGGUGGUCAAGGUCACAACCUCCACAGAUGUGGCCGAGUACCCCCUGGUGGAGAGCACAGAGUCACAGAUCCUGGUGGGCGUCGUGCGAAGGUCCCAGCUGGUGCAGGCCCUCCAGGCUGAGCCGUCUUCCUGGGCUCCGGGACACCAGUGGUCUCUCCAGGACGUCUUGGCUGGGGGCUGCACUGUGGAGCCAGUGACCCUGCAGCUGUCCCCGGAGACCUCCCUGCACCAGGCACAUAACCUCUUCGAGCUGUUGAACCUCCAGUCCCUCUUCGUGACGUCGCGGGGCAGAGCUGUGGGCUCCAUGUCCUGGGUGGAGCUGAAGAAAGCAAUUUCCAACCUGACAAACCCCCCGGCCCCAAAGUGAACCAGCCUGGCAAGUUGAAAUGGGGCACCUUGGCUGCCCUGGGACUGAGGUUGGGCAGGGACCCCCCGUCACUUUUCCCCAUCACAGCAUACCCCCUCCCCACCAGCCCAGCUCGACUCCUUGGCAGACUGGCAGCUGUAGCCCAGCCCUGAAGAGGGCCUCAUACCUACCAUGUCCCAUCCUGGGUGGGACAGCUGCUACAUGCCUUGAAGGACAAAUCCCUCUCUAGACAGAGCACAGAAUGCGAGAUAGCAGAGAACCGGACCAGGCUACAGUGGAUGCCCAGUGAAUGUUCAUCAAGUUCGUGAAUGAAUGACACUGGGAGACUGGCGUAUGCCGUCACUAAGGGCAGGCACGGAUGCCCUCCUCUGGGGGUUGUCUGACGCCCAGUCAGGGGCUCUUGAGAAAAAUAAAGCCGAUCCCCAGGCUGCUGUUCAUCCCUCAUCUCAGCCCAAGGGCCCUUCUUGGCACUGCUCCUCCCCUGGCCCCUUGAGUGAGCUCUUGGGGCCACUGGUGGCCACGUGGCGUGGCAACGUCGAGUCCCUGGUCUCCCACCCCUUCUCAUGUC